AGGGGCAGGAGCAUCCAGCGCGAGUAGCUGGGAGCAGCCGCAGCAGCGGCGGCGCGUCGUUGCAGUCGCGCCAUCUGUCAGAGCUGAGCCGGCGGGGAGGGGGCUGCCGCGGGUGAGGAGGAGGGGUCGUCGGGAGCCGAAGAUCGUCGAGACCCGCCCGCCCGCCGGCCGUCCGCGGGAACGGAAGCGAAGCUGCCCUCGGAGCCGCGCGUCCUUCGCCGUCCGGGCGCGCGGCGCUUCACCCCGCGCCCCGAGGGCUCCCCGGGCGCACACAAAGCCGCCGCCUGCACCGCACCACCCGGCGGCCGCCGGCCGCGCCUGCAGAGGAUCCGGCCUCCGGGCCGGGGAUACCCGGCGCCGCCCCCUCAGCGCCCGCGGCAGGCCCACCGGCUCCCGAGCCCGCCGCAGCCACCGGAUCCUCAGGAGCCGCCUCGGCCGCGCGGGAGGAGGGCGGGGAGAGGACCAUGUGAAUGGGCUCCGGAGCCUGAGUGCCGCACAGUUUUUUGAAGAAGCAGGAUGCUGAUCUAGACUGGAAAAAGACCACCCCAGCAGCGGUACUAGAAGACAUGUGGUGUAUAUAAGUUUGUGAUAGUUGGGGGAAAUCUGGAAUUUAGAUAAUGGGCUGUGUGCAAUGUAAGGAUAAAGAAGCAACAAAACUGACAGAGGAGAGGGAUGGCAGCCUGAACCAGAGCUCCGGGUACCGCUAUGGCACAGACCCCACUCCUCAGCACUACCCCAGCUUCGGCGUGACCUCCAUCCCAAACUACAACAACUUCCACGCAGCCGGAGGCCAAGGACUCACCGUCUUUGGGGGUGUGAACUCUUCGUCUCAUACUGGGACCUUGCGUACGAGAGGAGGGACAGGAGUGACCCUGUUUGUGGCCCUUUACGAUUAUGAAGCAAGGACGGAAGAUGACCUGAGUUUUCACAAAGGAGAGAAAUUUCAGAUAUUGAACAGCUCGGAAGGAGAUUGGUGGGAAGCCCGCUCCUUGACAACUGGAGAGACGGGUUACAUUCCCAGCAAUUACGUGGCUCCAGUUGACUCUAUCCAGGCAGAAGAGUGGUACUUUGGAAAACUUGGCCGAAAAGAUGCUGAGCGACAGCUUUUGUCCUUUGGAAACCCACGAGGUACCUUUCUUAUCCGUGAGAGUGAAACCACCAAAGGUGCCUAUUCACUUUCCAUCCGUGAUUGGGAUGAUAUGAAAGGAGACCAUGUCAAACAUUAUAAAAUUCGCAAACUUGACAAUGGUGGGUACUACAUUACCACCCGGGCCCAGUUUGAAACACUUCAGCAGCUUGUACAGCAUUACUCAGAGAGAGCUGCAGGUCUCUGCUGCCGCCUAGUAGUUCCCUGUCACAAAGGGAUGCCAAGGCUUACCGAUCUGUCUGUCAAAACCAAAGAUGUCUGGGAAAUCCCUCGAGAAUCCCUGCAGUUGAUCAAGAGACUGGGAAAUGGGCAGUUUGGGGAAGUAUGGAUGGGUACCUGGAAUGGAAACACAAAAGUAGCCAUAAAGACUCUUAAACCAGGCACAAUGUCUCCUGAGUCGUUCCUCGAGGAAGCGCAGAUCAUGAAGAAGCUGAAGCACGACAAGCUGGUCCAGCUGUACGCCGUGGUGUCCGAGGAACCCAUCUACAUCGUCACCGAGUACAUGAAUAAAGGAAGUUUGCUUGACUUCUUAAAAGAUGGAGAAGGAAGAGCUCUGAAAUUACCAAAUCUGGUGGACAUGGCAGCACAGGUUGCUGCAGGAAUGGCUUACAUCGAACGCAUGAAUUACAUCCACAGAGAUCUGCGGUCAGCAAACAUUCUAGUGGGGAAUGGACUAAUAUGCAAGAUCGCCGACUUUGGAUUGGCCAGAUUGAUCGAGGACAAUGAGUACACAGCCAGACAAGGUGCAAAGUUCCCCAUUAAGUGGACGGCCCCCGAAGCAGCCCUGUACGGGAGGUUCACAAUCAAGUCCGACGUGUGGUCGUUUGGAAUCUUACUCACAGAGCUGGUCACCAAAGGAAGAGUGCCCUACCCAGGCAUGAACAACCGGGAGGUGCUGGAGCAGGUGGAGCGCGGCUACAGGAUGCCCUGCCCGCAGGACUGCCCCAUCUCUCUGCACGAGCUCAUGAUCCACUGCUGGAAAAAGGACCCCGAAGAACGGCCCACUUUCGAGUACUUACAGGGCUUCCUGGAAGACUACUUCACGGCCACAGAGCCCCAGUAUCAGCCGGGCGAAAACCUGUGAGAUAGGGGUCAGCAGAGGCCUGUCCCAGAGGCUCCGCCCCUCCCCAUUAGCUUUCCAUCCGUAGCCAGCUGCUGGGGCAGCCAGAACCGUCCAGGAUCAGAUUGCAUGUGACUCUGAAGCUGACGAACUUCCAUGGCCCUCAUUAAUGACACGUGUCCCCAAAUCCGAACCUCCUCUGUGAAGCAUACAAGACAGACCUUGUUAUUUCUCAGACUUUGGAAAAUGCAUUGUAUCGAUGUCACGUAAAAGGCCAAACCUCUGUUCAGUGUAAAUAGUUACUCCAGUGCCAACAAUCCCAGUGCUUUCCUUUUUUAAAAAUGCAAAUCCUAUGUGAUUUUAACUGUCUUCACCUGAUUCAACUAAAAAAAAAAGUAUUAUUUUCCAAAAGUGGCCUCUUUGUCUAAAACAAUAAAAUUUUUUUUCAUGUUUUAACAAAAACCAAUCAGGACAGGUGUUUGUUUUUUUUCUUUUUUACAAAUAUGAAUACAUAUAAUAUAUUUGUCCCUGUACAUACACCAUGUGGGUGCUAACGUGGAGACCAUGGCCAGCCUGGACCACAGCUUCAGGACACAGAGUGAGGAUUUUACUGCGGAAUCAGUAGAAAAGCACUGAUGUUAUUUUGAAAAACCAGUGGCCUCAUUUUUGGCUUUUUCAAAGCAUGAAUUUUUUUUUUUUUUAAUUUGGAUUGCACUUUUUUGAUUCAUGACUGUACCUAUAGGUGGCUGUUAAGUUGACUCUUUUCAGCAGCCCCCGAGCUGAAUUCACAAGGCCUGUUUCCAGUAUUUGCUUCGACUUACUGCGAUUUGUUCUUGAAACUUAAAAGUGGGCACAUUUAAGCCAACCAACGGCCAAACUACCAAGGGAACUGGAAGAUGGAUACCACACAAACUCCUUGUAUAAAAAUAUGAAUGCUGAAAUGUUUCAAACUUUUUUUAUUUAAUAAAUCUUGUAACCACAUUUAAAUGGUCUAAAACCCAUAGCAUUGUAGUCAUGGCAACCUGCUAAACUUUCUCAUGCAACUAAAACUCCCAGGAAGGUGAGGGUGGGGGCUGUGCACUUCCCAUUGUAAACUAAGUGUUUCAAUGUCCUGUACUGCUAAUGAAAUGACUUUCUGUGUGUCCGACAGUUCUCCGGUGGAAUAACUAUGCACUACUUGACAUUUCAUGGGGAUGCACACAAAAAAGUAUUACAUUUUUAGUUGCUGUUUGUACCAACCUUGAAUUACAUGUUUAACAACAACAAAUCAAAAAAGCCGAUUUCUAUUGAGUUUUUAAUACUGAGUAGCAACUCUGAAGUCUUAAUUCCUUUUUUGUUAUGAUUUAUUUGUGAGUUUACAUUUUUAAAUUGUUUAACUUUCUUAAUUUAGUAAUUAAAAAGAGAGCAUUUUACAUUUGAA